UUCGAUGUCAGUGUGUUUGUUAGAUCCCAUCCAGAUUCCGAUUUGAACCAGUUACAGACCCAAAAUUUAAAAUCGUGCAACUCUGCCCAGCACUCGGUCACUUCAAUUCCCCAUAAAUUAAACGGCCGGUUGUUACCAUUUCCGCUUCCGUUUGACGCCAUCAUCCGCUGUUCUAUACACUAUUCGCCCUCCACUUCCGCUGCUUCCCUGACCGCUACUUCCGGUGACUUGCUUCAGGAUGUGUAUGCCGUAUUUGAGUAAACUCUUUGGCGGAAACAAUCGGGCACAGCGUCGUGCCCAGGAUGGCGGGAUAACCCCACGUCCCAGCUUGGCCAACAUCAAUCAGGUAUCGGUGGACACGAUGCGCACGGCCAAGUCGGCAGUCAGCCGGAAGAGCACCCGGGCAGCGUUGCGGGAGGCGGAAAAUAAUCGGAUAGUCGCCAUCGAAAUGCAGGGCGGCGGCACCACAUCCUCAGCCAGGAGUGCUGGGGCGGCAGCGACAACGGUUGCGGCAACGGCAUCAUCGACAGGAGCAGCAUCCGGAGGCGGAGCAAAUGCCACGGCAGCCACCUCAACGGCCGGCGGGGCAGGCGGACGGUCCGGACAACGCACAUCCUGGUGGGAGUACCUUGGCAUGAACAAGAACAAGAAGGCCAGCAUUGAGUCGCUCUAGGACAUCCUCGAAGGAUCCUAUCUCUCGGUCGAUCCCUGGAUCCCUGGUUAUUAUAAUCGCAUCUAGUGCCCGGAUCUAGGAUGCCACCAGGAUAAGCAGGACUCUUCACUUUGGGUUGAUUUUGCACAGAAAUUCCAUUUAAAAAUAUAAGCACACAACUAAAAUUUA